GUCCAAUUGUCGUAACCCACAACAGAUCGCCUCGCCGCGGCCCCUUCCUUCACAUCGUCGCCAUGCACAUCAACAACCUGUCCUUCCUCAUGCUUGUCCUCGCAGUCCUCGCAUCCCUUCUACACACCUCAUCGGCUCGCCACAUGGCAGCCAUCACGAUGAAAACGCUUCAUCCGGAGAACGCAACGAUGCCAGCAGCGCAUCGGUACCAAGACGACAUCGUGGCAGUGAGCUGCUCGCCGGUGGAAGCCACCAUGACUCCUCUGUGUGGCGAUCAUGAUAACAGGCAGUACCAUGCGUACGUGUGCGAGAAACAGUGCAUCGACGCAGUGAAGCACCUGUUGCGGACACGGCGACAGGACGAGCAAAAGGCCCCUCAUGCGCUGUGCCUCGCAGAGUGGAAGUCCAUCGGUCGUGUUCAAGCCACCGAGUGUCCCACGGAACUCCAGUCAUUCCUUCCCGCGUCGGCGUUGAGCGUGAGCACGAUUGCAUCGGCCAUUUUGAGCGUCUUUGUGCUCUUUUCGUGCAACUGAUGUCGUAUAUCGGCGGUGGUUGCAGGAAGUAUGGGGAGUACUAGUAUUAUUGAUAGUCGAUAGAACAGCACAACAGUGUAGGAACGUCGUCAAGUGAACGUGGGUGACCCUUAAUAUAUACCGCGUCCUUGUUGAUCCAUUAUGCGUCGCGACUCGGCCUUCUUGCACGAUCCGCUUAUCAUUUGGUUGAAUUCUCCAUACUACUGUACCUAGUAACAAAAUAUUGGAUCGCUGAAGCAAAAAAGUGGAAUCAAAACUCAUCCAAGGCCAUGGAUUCUUCUGGACUUGGCUACUUGAAGUACAGUGUAUGUGUUCACAUUGCAACAGUUGUAACGUCAGGUUGAAGUUACUUUUUCACGACGACCUUGGGCUUGUUGGGGUUGUUCUCGAGCAGCCACUUGCCGAGUCGGGUGAUGGCUUGCAAACCCAUGGGUUUGUCUUUGCACAGCAUCAUGAGGCCUCGCGAGAGCACUUGGGAGAACCGUUCGUUGCCGGAUUGGGCAUUCGUUAGGUAGUGCUGGGCGGCAGCGGCAGUCGCGAACGCCACGGGAGGGCGCAUGCCGGCAAGGGACGAGUGGAGCUGGAGCUCAUUCACCCCGCCAGACGGGGCGAAGAAGAGCGACUCGACGAGGUGAAAGUAGUCGGCCUGGGUUUUCGUGAGCUUGGCCGCUUUGAGCUCGUCAGCAGAAAACGCCCGAGUGUACCGGUUGGUCGUGGUGGUAUUGAUCACCGUACAGAGAACUCCAGCUGGCUCAGUGUCAUACAGCGCCACGACGUGGUCUUCGCCCCGAAUGAGGAGGUUCGCCCGGAAUACAGGUCCAGGGACAGUCAUAUGGUGACGGUAAUGUAGAAGUAAGGCGUGAAACUGUCGUGUCCUUUCGUUGGCGAAACCGUCCACAGGUCGUUCGAUGGGCCAUGAGUAGUGCCGAUGGUCCCCAUCACGGCCAUCACGGUGGGUGGAUUGACAACAUAUGCGCACGACCACGACAUUUACGUAGAGGCGAAAAAGGUCAAGACAACGUUGACGAUUGAGGUGGCAUUAGACGACGGCGAGUUUAUCAACCCGACAUUUCGCUACCGCUUCCUUGAUGGCAGCAAAAAAGUCACCCCGCCUGUGGGAACAGCGGGGUCUUGGGUUGCCAUAGCCGCAGACGGGUCGGUGGUGGUCCCCGCAGCCAACACACCCGCUGUGAACGCCGCGUCGAAAGCGCCGUCGUCCGCGCGGCAAGGCCAGGGCACAGUAGACAUUGCAGAGGCGGGUCCAAAGUACUUUCGCCACGAACAACACAUCCCCGACAUGGAGAUCACCGAAGUGUUUGCAACCAAACUCAACGACAACCCCAUCGUGACAUUCUUCCUCGGCGACCAAAGUCCUGCGCCAGUGGCCACGGCGGUAGUGGAGCACAACCACACGACAACGCCAGGCACCGGACGCAACUUUAUCACGUUCUUCGAAGUGGACACGAGCCCGCUCUUGGCCGGGGAGUUGGUCGUGGAGCACCAGUGGGGGUUUGACUCCGCCCCCAAAGACAUGCACUUGCCGCUUGGCGCCCCCAUGGUCAACGCCCAUGGCAUCCGAUCGGUGGUGAUCCGGGUAAAAGUUGACCACGCCAUGUUGUCGUCAACGCUCCAGCAGUCGUUGAACCCCCUGACAGUAUGCAUUCGAAAGGCCACGAAUCUGCCUGGCAUCACCGUGCAAUCCAAGCCACUGCUGCAGUACAUUACCCCCACGCCGCACACAGCCCUGCACAAGUGUUGUGUGCCAGCGUACGCGUCGCUUCGCCUUCCACAGUGUCCCAAUCGAAUCGUUCGAACGCCGGGCAUCCUGCAGGACUCGGUGGUGGCGUGGCGGCACAAAACAACGUUUUUGUGUGGGUCGCUCGACUGGCCGUCGCUGCAGGAAACGUUCCAAGCUGGAUAUGUCCAAGUCGAAUUGCAUGAUCGAGACGUGCACGUGGACCGAGAGUACAGCGAACUCGUGAAAAAGUGGGAAAGUUAUGUUGGCGGGCGCGUCCCAGACAGCAGCAGCCACGGCGCAGACCACCACUCGACGUCAAAUGCGAAAUUGGACCUGUUCCAAGUCGACGACAUUGCCAAACAAGACAUCCAACACCUCUUCUACGUCCGCGCAGGCGACCGCAACGCCCACGGGCUGUGCACGUAUCGUCUUUAUGCGCUUCUCAACACCACGAACUUGAAGAAACAAGAACCUGGAAAGCCGUUCAUGGCGCUCAAGUUCACCGCCGAUGUGGUGCAGCAGAAGCGACGCCUUCCUCCAAAAGAAGGCUCGGCUGAAGAAAUCAAUCUCUCUCAAGUCGACAAACUCGUCCGAUUACCAGGCUCGUACUUGAAUUGCAUGACGUCGUUGACGCUCGAGGCGACUUUGCAGUUCCCGCUCACGGGUCCUCCGCCAUCGACAGCCACCACACAAGGCGGCGCGUUCACUCGGAUGGUGGUCGUGAUCCCAUACAAUGACGUGGCAACGCUCCAGAACAUUUCCAAGGCCAUGGAGGCGGUCAACUCGGCCGCGUUGCCGGGGGUGCCCCUCCGGUCGUACCAGCUCACUCCUGCUCAAAAGAUCGCGUGCGACGGCGGCGACUUGAACCUCGUCACAGGGUUCCAAGUCAUCGAUUCCCAUUAUCGCAUGUUGUUCUUGGAGGGCAUCGCAGACGCCGGCCUUGCGACGAUGUACAAACUCGUGCCCCGGACCGCGGCCAACUCGCGCACCGGGUUCCGCAUGUUUGCCAACCUCGACGUGCGCUUCAUCCACCGACUGUACACGGCCUUUGACGUGGACAUGAAGCGCAUUAAGCUGCGCGACCCCCUGCCGGAUAUCGCCAAGCGCCCCGAGCUGUACAUGCGGUCCAAAGUGUCGGAGAAUUGCUUCCAGGCGUUGAAUCGGCUCGGGAACGUCCGCGCGGCGGACCGGCUCGUGGAGCUCAAGGACUUGAAUUUGUUCCCGACCGUGCAAAUGUUGCUUGAAGUCGAAAGCAAGUACGGCGAAAGCAUCACACUCGAGGACAUCCACGGAAGCCACGGAAGCCACGACCAGGCCAAGCAGCACGUUCUCAAGCAACUGCAAGGUGGCUCCAGCACGAUCUCGGCAACGACCGGCACGGCAUCCACUACGAGUCACAACACCAUCGAAACCACAACGGCACUGUCCACUUCAGUUCCCGGUGAGGCCGCGGCGGUAGCCGUUCGAUACAAGGCAGAAACGGACGCCACCAACAACGCGUUCGACCUCGCCAAGAAGAACUGGACUCCCAAGGAUUACAUUCAAGCCAGAAGGGUCGACCGGCAACUGGCUGACAAAGCGUACGCACUAGUCAAAACAGCAAACGCGGGGGCAGACGACGGCGAGCCCGUGUACAUUUACAGCGGGCAGAAACUUCGGACGAAAGAUUUAGCCAAGGACGCGAUGCGCCAGCGCUUGUCAAGAGACCGAAAAGCCACGUACACGUACAGCAAGGACUUCAAUUCGUUGACGAUGAGCAUGGUGGAUGACACGAAGCUGGCUGUGCUGGCCGAGGCCGAGUCUCGCGCCCAGUUUACGACACCCAGUGGGUUUGUCUACCCAGCCCCUCGCCAGCCGAGCGAGUUUUACAAACACAAAGACGCCCCGAGCGCUGCAAGAUGCCAAGAUUUGCACUCGCCGUGGAUUGAGAACCUGUAUCACCCCCAGCCAUUAUCCAGGGGCGGCGAAGGCGAAACCAGUCCGUUCUUUAACAGUCUUCCGUCCAAAGACAUGGUGUUUGGGGGCACGAACGCCGACGGCAGCGUGAAUGCCGAGUACUUCAAGUCUGUGCACCUUGUGGGCGACGGACUGGCCAAGGAAAUGGAGGAAGCCAAGGCCAAGGACCAAAAGGAGUGGAUGGACAAGCUCGUGGUGGAUCGAGAUAACCUCCGGUUCAUCGCGCACGGGGAUAUCAUGGGGCAAGGACGGGCGCGGCCGUCGCCGCUCGACAAACCGUGCGACAUCCUCGCGGGACCGGUGCGCUCCAAGCCGCUGCGCAUCGUCCGCGCGGCCAAACUGCCGAGUGGAAAGGCUGUCCCGCUGCAAGCGAUGCCGGUGACCAUCAUGGACCAAGACGUGUACACGGGCGGCGCGAAGAAGGUGAUCGUUCGCGACAAAGACUCCGCACUGUUUAUCGCCAAGAACGAUCGCGGCGAUGCCAAAGACUUUUUGUUUCCGUCCAUCACGCAGAUCCUUGUGCCAGACGUGAACAAACACACGACGCUGCUCAAGCCAAGGAAGCCGCUUGGGGAUGCGGAGAAGGCAGGGCUGCGAUGGACCAACCCCAAUCAAGACUCGAGAUAGGCUAAAGUCGACUGAAUGAUGGUGAUUGGUUCAACAAGGAAUGAAUGGGGUUCAAUGUGACGUGGCAGGCUCUGGCCUGCGGAAUUUGGAUGGGCCAAAUGGGCCAAAUGAUUGGGCCAAACACGACUUAACAAAUCGAAGUAAAUAGAUUUUCAUCUAAUAUG